GCUAAAAAUGGUUCAGCUUACUGGAAGAGCUCUCCACUAUGUAUUCAAAAUACCAGACAGGAAAGAGACUAUGAGAUUUUAUAGAAAUGUAUUAGGCAUGAAAGUUUUGAGACAUGAAGAAUUUUCAGAAGGCUGUGAAGCAACUUGCAAUGGGUAAGUAUGAACACUAAGAUUUUAUUAUAUCUUUUAGUAAUGGAGUUGCUAAAAACCAUACAUUUCAAUACUACACCUUCUUUAUGGUACACUUUUAUUUUAUUCAAACAGUAUUUAUGUUAGUCAGUUAUUAGUAGGGCAAAUAGCAAUACAUCUUUGUGGGACCUACAGAGUCAAAAAAUGAUGACAUAUUGAUACCUACCAAGCCCCUCGCAUUACUACUGUGGAAAAAUAAGCUGGAGUAGGAGUACAUAGAAGUAAAAGUGAUGUACACUUCUUGUGUUAUUUCUGCAAGCUGCAAUACAAAUCAUAUGUUCUCUCUCUGAUCACUAAGAUUAGGGAAAAAAUGGUGCCUAAGUGCAAGCAACCAGAUACUUGCAAAAUAACUGCAAUGAAUGUUUCUUCUAUAGCAAUUUAAUAUUUACAUGGUAAAUAUCCAAUGAUAUGUGGAUUCAUGCAUUAUCUCAUGAAAAAUGCAAAAUGGAAAAGAAAUUGGAAUGAUUUUAGUAUGUCAACUCCAAAAGUUUUCUAUUAUGCCCUUUUAGUUAUUUUCUGAUGGUGUGUCUCACUAUAGGCCUUAUAAAGGUAGAUGGAGUAAAACAAUGGUAGGCUAUGGUCCAGAAGAUAAUCAUUUUGCUAUUGAACUAACAUAUAAUUAUGGCAUACAUUCAUAUGAGAAAGGAAAUGAUUUUAUCAGUAUUACUGUAAAGAGUAGUGAAGCUCUCAAAAGGGCUAAACAAGAAAACUGGCCGAUACUUCCAGGCAAUAAAUUGGAAGCACCAGGUGGAUAUGUCUUUCAAGUGAUCGAUGAGAAGCAACCCAGUGAUUCAGAUCCAAUACAAAAAGUAACACUCGCUAGCUCAAAUCUCUCAAAAUCUAUUGAUUAUUGGAACGGCAUCUUAGGCCUCAAAAUAUUUGAAAAAACUGAAAAUUCAAUACUUGUUGGGUUUAAGGAAAAUGAAACCAAGCUGGAAUUACGUUGUUCUGGUGAGGCAGUGAAUAGAGGUAAAGCAUAUGGCCGCAUUGCAUUUUCCUGCCAUCAUGUGGAACAGGUAGCACUGAGUGAACUUAUCAAGGAGAAAAAGCAAACGAUUCUCACUCCCCUGAUAUCAUUGGACACUCCCGGAAAAGCCACCGUCAGAGUGAUCAUUUUAGCGGAUCCCGAUGGACAUGAGAUUUGCUUUGUAGAUGACGAGGCCUACAGAGAGCUGUCUAAACCGGAUUAUGAGAGUGAGAAGGUGUUAGACAUUCAAAUCAGGAAGGAUACAUCAUAAGUUGUAAAUCUGUUAACAAGCGCAAUAUGUAUCUCUUUGAAAAUAAAUAUAUUUUAUGCAUGAA